AUAGCUCCAAGUGGUCUAAAUCGGCUGACUGUUCCCUGGCGCUGGUCAAACCUCCAAUGAGAUCUCUUCUUAAUAAUCCGCUAUACCAGUUGAGUGAACACAUUUGUGAUCCGUGUAUUACCCCACCUGUACGGUAUACCGAUUACUAGUGUAUCGCUAGCAGUGUAAAGCUCUGUGUGUUUACCGUCGGUAUCCCAGGUGUAUAUUAGCACAUAUAUAAAAUAUCAGGUGAGAGAGGAUGGAACACAGGUGACAACAAGACUAAGUAGUUCACUAAUAAGGAAUAACCAUGGGUCCCCGGGCCAGUAUCCCAUUAGUGGUCCUCCCCAGGAACUAUGUAGUUAUUGUGACGGGAGGAGACACAGGUAUCGGCUAUGAGACUGCCAAGUUUAUAGCCAUGAUGGGACCAACCGUCAUCAUUGCAUGUCGUUCAAAGGAAAAGGCUGAAAGAGCUAUAGAACAAAUGAACGAAGAAUUCCAACAGGAGAAAGAGAAUUCAACACAGAACAUAAUAAGCGAUGACCGACUAAGCUUAGAGUUUGGUAAGCUGGACCUGGCCAGUCUUAAGUCAACUAUGGAUUUUGUGGAGGAGUUCAAGGCAUCUGAACGAAAACUGCACGUUCUCAUCUGUAACGCUGGAGUCAUGAUGGCUGACGAGAUUGUGACAGAAGAUAAUUACGAGCUCACAUAUCAGGUUAAUUACCUUAGUCAGUUCCUGAUCAUGGCAAAUUUGCUCCCGAUCAUGAAAACUUCCGGAAAUGACGUCAGAAUAGUUCUGGUGUCGAGUGCAGCACACAAGCAUUGUCAUUAUGAUGCUAACUAUGCGGCAGGACAGCGAAUGAAAAACCACGAUCCACUACAAUGCUACAGUAACACGAAGUUGUAUCAGAUAAUGCAAAUGUAUAGCAUAGACCGGAUGCUGGAGAAGACACACGUCGAAUUAUAUUCUGUACAUCCGGGAUAUGUGGCCAAGGACCUUUACCGGCGAAAUCGACACUUUGGAUCAAAGUUCAACUGUUAUCGAUGUUGUUUGAAAUGUUUAUGUAUGGUCAAGACCCCUCGAAAGGGUUCCGCCACGACGUUAUACGCUGCUGUCAGUCCUGGACUGAAGGGCCUUAGUCGAGCCUACUUCACUCACUCCCGGGACGCCCCCGCGUUUCCUAGUCGGACCGCCAGAGACAGAGAAUUGCAGGAUUAUCUUCUACAGUGCACUAUAGAAAACCUGAAAGAAUACCUACCUGAAGAUUUCAUUCGAGAAUCACUCCGUACUGUGAAAAAGACGAACACAAAAUCGUCGACAAGUCAAUGAGUGCUGGAAUAGUUUAUGAACUCAUCACGACACAUAAGCCAUUUUAAAAAAUAUGCUUUGUCUCUUUAUCAUGGGAUCUUUUACGUCAAUACCCAAGCAAUACGAAGUCAGUUUCCUACAGAUAGUAUAUGUCGUUUGUCUAUUUUGUCAUAUGAUUCGAACAUGAAAGACUGUACCUUUUUGUCAUUGUUUUUUCUCACCUGCUGCAUAUAUGCUGAUAGUAUCUCUUGAUUGACUUAAUAGAGGUAUGAAUUGAACAUAUGUCAUGUCAUGUCAGUUUAUCAAUAUGACCUGGAUGCCUUGUGAUUCUGGUUCGGGUCUGUAAUCAGCAACCUCCUGUUUGAUAUCGAGCUCACUGCUAUUUCACCUUUCCUUUUAUUAUUCUUUAUUAUACUACCGACGUAAACAUCCUGAUAACUCCGAUGCAUCUAAUUAAUAAUUAAAACCUUUUACUAUCGUCCGGUGUUUAUAUCAAUAAUUGAGUGUCUUCUUUUUACCAUACAUCAUGUACGUGCUUACUAAUGCUAACCUAACGGUAUAACAACCAACGACAUAUCAUACAGCCGUAAGGUAUGCUAAAACCAAUCCGAUUGUUACACUAUUCCUGUAACUGUUGAUCCGGAAGUCGUCGUUUUGAUCACGAGACAGUUUGUCAUUUAACUUGGAUACCUAGAAUGCUCUUUUUAUUAAGAGAGAGAGAAAAGAAACCUGGACCAGUACCAACAAAAAGAAAAGAAAAGAGAAGUGUUUAGAGGGUAUGGAUUUUACAUGACAAAAUAUGUACACAUUUUACGCCACACAUUUCUAGUGCUUCUCUCAUCAACCAUGAUAAUAAGAUUAGAUAGUGCUACUUAUGUGAAAUCCGUCCAAUUUCAUCGUAUUUCAUUUUAUUAUAUGUGUUUCAAAUAUUUAUGUAUUUUUAUAAAAAAUAAAAAAUAAAUAAAAAAACGAUCCCAUUUUACUGUCAUUUUAGACAAAUAACACUGUCAUUCUAUAUGUGAGAUUUUAAAUAAAAAUAAGUAUGUUAUAGUGCUAAUAGCGUGAAUCCGUCCAAUUAUAAACAUUACUUAAAAUAUUAAGAACCCACCGUCCUACUGAAACUUCAAUAAUGAUUUUUUUUUCGCGAUCAAAAUAUUUAUGAAUAUAUAUUUCAUUCAGUCAUAGAGAUGUCAAAACAGAAGUUAAUGAAAAAUGUAAUCGUGUAAUAGACACGUAUAUCCUCUUCGUGAAAGCAAAUGACAUGUACUCUUCCCAGGAAAAAACGCACGUAUCCCUGUUGUAAUGCUUUAAAUUCAACAACACACGACUAAAAAUAAACAUAACAUAUUGUGUGUAUAUUUAAUAUUGAAACUUAUUGGAAGUUGUAGAAUAUUUGUAAUGAUACAUUGCAUAGCAUACACAUUGUAAAGCAUAAUACGCUUUUUAUCAUUCAACAGUCCUUAGCAUAAUACUUUAUAUAGUUUGCAUUGUAAACAUAUGUUGUUUAACAAUAUUACUAUUGUUGUCCCAAUCAGAAAGGCUGUGAUUUUCCGAACUUUGUUAGAUAGACCAUAGGUUACAUUCAGUAUGAACAGUAUUUCUUUUGAACAGGAGGUAAAUAUUCUUCCCGAUUGUCUUAAGUUAAUAUAAUUAUUCAAUUAAUAAACAACGAAGAAAUCCUUUAGGUUUUAAAUGUGUCUAUGUUUGGUGUAUAAAUGAAGGCUGCCAUGCGCCAGUUGCUCAAAGGUUGGUUAAAUUUAAACCAGUGGUAAGUGAAAAGUUAAAUUGUUUCCUUUAGAAAACCGGGGGUUUCAAAGCAAACUGUAACCACAAAACACAUCCAUCGGAUCUGUUGAAACAAAUUUAUAGCAGUGAAAUGAUGUCGGAUGUUCUUGAUUUGGUGUAUUCAAAUUUUGAAAUUCUCUCAGAUCACAGGUCAACUCUUUGAGCAACCGAUGCCAGAUUGCCUUCUUUUACAGUAAUACAAAUUAUUUAAUAUUGUUAUGUACCUGUUAUAGUUGCAUUGACAGUUUAUAUACAUUUCUAUGUUUGUUUCAUACUCGCAGUAAAACAAAUAAGAAGGUAUGAAUGUCUGACAAAACACACCUUUUUUAAUCUACGGGCUGCAGUAUAUAUGAUGCAUAUGUAACAAACCACUGGAAUAAACUGCUUUCCGUUAAAUAUGACAGCGGGAAACCAAUUCAUCAAGGAUGAAAUAAAAUACACAGGUAUAUUGUGUAAUGAUUACUUAAACAUUAAAUAGAUGAUUAGAUAGUGUAUGUACAGUGUAAAUCUAAACCUUAUGUUAAUCAAGCAUAUGCAUGUAACAUAUGUUUCAUGAAAAUGUACCUAAUGAUAUUAUAUGGAAUAAAUGAGUAAAGUGUUUUUUUUCUUUUUCUUUUAAAUGAGGAAUUUAUGAAACAUACACAUGUAAAUGUAUAGACAUAUCUAUUGACUUUGAACCGCAUUACGUUGUUGUAAACACACUAUAAAGAUGUCUAUGUUUGGAUUGCAAGUCAAUUUUAUGAACCUAAGUUAAAAUAUUGGGCGUCUACAAUGUACAAGGAAUAAAAUAUAAUUAAUUCGUUGGUGAUAUUGAUUAUAACAUCUUUUCAGUAUUUGUCAACUUGGCGCUUGACAGUCUGUUUUAAUCAACACGGUGGAUAUCUAAUAAUAGUUCGGAGCUAAUAGUUCUAUUGACUCCGACUGAUAACAAUAAAUUACAGAAAGGAAAAUAUAAUAAAAAUAUUACAUCAG